UUUUUUUUUUGGUAUGUUUGCGAAAUUAAAUGCAGCUGUGAACUGUCUGACAGUGCCGCUGAAAAGUGAAAACGACAAAACGUUUUUCGUUUCUCUGACUUUUUUUUUUCCAAGUGCGUUUCCCUUCUGAUUCAGUGAGCAGCUUAUGAAUUGAAGGCUACCUCUACUUUGCAUUAGCUUUCUCCAGCUGUUGCAAUGGAGUCUCUGGUUUUUGGGUCUUUUGGCAGCCCCUCUUUAUUCCUCACGGGUGGGAAUUAUUGGAGGAGCAACGCUGUCAAGUCGGGUCCUUUUCCAAGUUGCAGCUCUUUGGACAUCCUGGAAAGAUGCUACAGUGUGAGGUUUCAGUGCCAUCAUGUAAAGCAUCAUUUCAGAAGUUCUGAGAAAAUAUUUCAGGGAAAAGGAACGAAAGUUUCGGUGAAUGCCUCCUCUGGGCACCCUCUUGAGUCGGAACCAGGAACUUUUGAUCCCAAUGGUAAAAAUGCAUUAGAUGCUUUUUACAGGUUUUCGCGGCCUCACACCAUUAUAGGCACAGCAUUGAGUAUCGUAUCAGUUUCCCUUCUUGCAGUUGAAAAGAUAUCAGAUCUUUCUCCAAUAUUUUUCACAGGGGUAUUUCAGGCCAUAGCUGCUGCCCUCAUGAUGAAUAUUUAUAUUGUUGGACUAAAUCAGUUGUACGACAUUGAAAUAGACAAGGUUAACAAGCCUUAUCUUCCAUUGGCAUCCGGAGAGUUUUCUGUUGCAACUGGUGCCAUGAUUGUUAUAUCUUUUUCCAUUAUGAGCUUUUGGCUUGGGUGGUUUGUUGGUUCUUGGCCGUUAAUUUUGGCCCUUUCCAUAAGUUUCAUUCUCGGAACAGCAUAUUCAAUCAAUUUGCCGUUAUUGAGAUGGAAAAGAUUCGCCUUAAUUGCAGCAAUGUGCAUCUUAGCCGUGCGGGCGGUGAUUGUUCAGCUUGCCUUUUAUCUGCACAUGCAGAUUCACGUCUUUAAAAGACCGCCUCUCUUUUCAAGGGCUCUCAUCUUUGCAACUGCGUUCAUGAGCUUCUUUUCUGUUGUCAUAGCACUAUUCAAGGAUAUACCUGAUAUUGAUGGAGAUAUGACAUUUGGCAUUCAAUCAUUUACAGUACGCUUGGGUCAGAAGCGAGUAUUCUGGAUCUGUAUUUCACUACUUGAAAUUGCUUAUGGUGUUUCCACAUUAGUCGGAGGUGCAUCCUUGUUAGGUUGGAGUAAAUAUAUCAUGGUAUUGGGCCACUCUAUCUUGGCUUUAGUACUGUGGAACCGUGCCAACUCAGUUGAUCUGAAGAGCAAAGUUGCAAUAACCUCGUGCUAUAUGUUUAUUUGGAAGCUCUUCUAUGCUGAGUACCUGCUAAUACCAUUUAUAAGGUGAACAUGUAGAACAACAGCUUCAACUUUGAGAACGUCCUAAUUAUUAUUCUGAUAAGAUUGUGUUCUUAAACCCAGAAAAACACAAUUUUCUAUGGUUUCCAUUGACAAAAUUCUCUCUCAAUGUUUAAUAAUGGGUUUGUUUGGUAAACAAUUUGAAAGUAGCAUAUAUGUAGGCUAAAAUGCUAACAUUUAUGAUGUCUAAAAUGUUGUGAUUGUUUGGUUUAAUUAAUACUGGUAGCAUAUAGUUUAAAA